CAUGGCGCCAGCGCUGUUGCGACACAGUAGCGUGACAAGUCAUGUCAUUUCUGCUCAUGAUACAUGAAAAAAUCCAAUGGCAGAUUCUUUUUUCGGGUUCGAUACUUCGUUAUCGAACUUAAAUGAUGACGAGGGAGGCGGGGAGCCAUCGGAAGAGGAGUACGAUGCACUCAACGAUGAGACCUUUGGUGAAGACUCUGAAGAAUUUGAUUGGGAAGUUCAACACGAACACCUAGCCGAGCAACUUGAGAGCAGUCGUCGGAACGCAGCGCUCGAAGAGGCGGACUCGAGGCUCGAAGCUUCAUUGUCUCAGCUAGUGUUGGAUGAGACGGACGCCCCACAGACACGAAGUCUCGGCUCCAGCGUGUGGCGACACGAUCUAUCAUUCUCAGCGCCUACGCCGAUUCCACCACUCAAAAAUGUCUGCACAGUCGAGGAACUGGAGAGGCAACUGCGCCAGAACCAAACACCUCAGAACUUCACACAGAACUACUAUCAGCCAAGAUUUCCACCGGUCAUCCUUCAAAGGCCUCCAGGUCUUCAAGCGCCCGUACCACUACCAUUUGCGCCACAACAACCUAUGGCUCAUAAUAUGAGCCAAAUGAACCAACCGUUGAAUAAGAUAAUCGGUCAAAACUCCCAAAUGAACCAAAUGGGUCAAAACCAAAUGAUGAACCAUAUGACCCAGAAUAUCAACCAAAUGGGACAGAAUAUGUCUCAUGCCCCUAAUCAGAAUAUGUCUCAUGGCCUUAAUCAGAUGCCUCAAAAUAUGAAUCAGAUGAGUCAGAACAUUAAUCUCCAACAAAAUGUCAACCAGAUGGGACAAAUGGGUCACAAUGUAAACCAAUUUAUGCAGAAUUCGAACCAAAUGAAUCAAUUUCAAAACAACCAAAUGGGACAAGGUAUGAUGAAUCAGAUGCAAAACAUGCACCAUCAAAAUAAUCAAAUAAUGAACCAGUUGGGUCAGAUGAACCAGAAUAUGAACCAAAAUUUGAAUCAAAUGCAAAAUCAGAUACCUCCAAAUUUGAAUCAGAUGGGACAAAAUAUAAAUCAAAUAGGACAAAGUAUUAAUCAAAUGGGACAAAAUAUUAAUCAGAUGAGUCAAAAUAUGAAUCAAUUGGGGCAAAACCAGAUGAUGCCAAAUGGUAAUAAUUUUGGUAUGAAUCAAUUUUCUCAUAUGAUGGGGCAACCCCGGAUGAUGGCGCCGCCCCCUGGCAUUGGCAUGCCCAGACAAAAUUUCAGCCCAAAUAUGAAUCAGUUUAACCCGAAUUUUCGUGGAUCAUCAAUUCCAAAAAACGAUCAACCCAACCAAUCCAACAUGGUCAUUAACCAGAUUAAUAAACAAAUAAAUCAGAUCAAACCCAACCAGAUGACUCAAUCUCCCCAGAACAAGUUACAAAAACCGAUUCAAAAUGUAACACAGAAUCUCCAGAAUCAGAAACUGAAGACUCGAGUGUAUAAUAAUUCCAAGAAUUUAACAUCUCAGAAUAUGGUUCAAAUUAUUCAGAACACCCAUCCGAUGUUACAGUUCAAUAAUAGUUAUCACAAUGCGAGCCAUCAUCCGAUGUUAAAUAAUCGUAAUUUGUUUAAUAAUCAAGUGAUGAAUAAUCAUCCUAUGUUCAAUCGACAGAACGGAUCAUUCGGAAAUGUUAAUAGGCACACAAACAGCGACGACGGUGCCAGCGACACAGACGAGUACGCCGGCCUCAUGACCCAGAGGGAGAAGCAGUGGCUGAUUAACAUACAGAUGUUGCAGUUGAAUACCGGAACACCGUAUAUACACGACUUUUAUUACACCGUAUUCUUAGAAAGGCAGGCUAACAAAGAGAAGGAGGGUAUUAAGGAGGCCCACAAGGCUAACCAGCAGAACCAUCCAUUCUAUAGUGGAGGUGAGCAAGAGACAGAGUUAAGACGGGAGCGUCACAAUUCUCACCGCCACAACUCCACUGGAGACGAGGCACCGCGCGCCUACGUGCCUACGCAGUUCGAAAACUCAUUGGGGAAGUUGCAGUGUGGCAGUGUUACGGCCCCUAGAAAAAUAAUCGACGUAGAAGUGGUAGCGGAACCGGCGUCCGGUAGGCAGUCGCGCGCCCCGAGCGUCGCCAGCACUACUAACCCCGCUGAAGUACCUCGAGAAGUACGAAGGACGAAACAACUAUUACUGGAUAUAGAGGCGUUAUACUUAAUACUGCUCAGACUUGAAGAGUUAAACGACCCUUUGGCUAUAUCGAACGCACUUAUAUUAAAAGAAAGAGAAGAAAAACAGAAGCAACUAGAAGCGGCCCAGAAGGAGGCUGAGAAUGAGUUAGAGGAAGACUCGAAUCUAUUUCUAAAGAACAUCGAGUCGGUACAGAGAAGACCGAAGCAGGACAGCCCUAAGAGCGAAUGUAUAGACAAGAGACAGGUAGUAAACCUAGCGGUGUGCACAAAACCAGCGCCUGUCAAGAAUCUCCUGGACGAGGAUAAAGAUGAGCUUCUCAAUAAGAUGUUCUCUGGUUUGCUGCACGGGGACAGACUGCCCCAGAUUUUGACCGUGAGGAAAGGCAGGUCGCUGGUGGUACGGUUCCUACGCCGGGCUCCAACGCCACACGGACGCCUCCGUGCUCUGUGGUCGCGUGUGUUACGAGCUCUGCCAUCUGCUUCUAGAAGAGACGACGGUGGUCUAGCCGCUCUAUCGCAUCAUUACCGUCGGUACAUCCAGAGUACGUCGGGCUGGUCCACUGUUAUAGAAUCCUGCGGAAUACUCUCCGAAGCUCUGGACCCGGCGAGGACGCCCCACGCCUUGACUACUUCGCUAACUCUAAGCUGCGUAUGCGCACUAAUGGAGCGAGCAAUCAUACUAGUAAAUACACCCGACGCCACCUCCAACGAACGACAAUGGUACAAAUUCCUCAAAACUCUAGCGAGAACCCUAAAGCACACAACUCUCAUUGUCGCGAAGCCGGUUCAACCUCUACCGGAGUCAAAGGUCCUGCAUCACAUAAAACAACUAGAGUCGAGGUCCACCAUAGAGAUACUACAGCGGGGUAAAACUGCUGACUUUGGUUUGACAAAAACGGAGGUGACGGAAACGUUGGUCAAACAUUUGUGUUGA